AUGACUGAUAAUAAUUAUGAAUGUUUAUUUGAUGUUAAUUUACUUGAUCGUCCAAAUAAUAAUGUUCAAAUAAGACCUGUUAAACAAAUGAAACCAUCAACAGAAACUGGUACAUUAUCUUCAACAAAUAUAAAUCCAGGAACGUCAACAAAUUUUUCUGCUCCUGAUUAUUUUUUUCCACAAAAACAAGCAUCAAAUUUGAAUAAUUUACCUACAGCUAAUAAUAGUACGCCAUUAACAAAGUCUAAUACAAAUUCUAAUAAUUCUACUCUUACACAAGAACAAAUUGAUCAAAUUGAAAAAAUUCUUCCUAAUGGACAAAGGACAAGUUUAUAUAUGUAUUAUUAUAAUUAUUAUGUUAGAGCAAGACCAGGAAGAACAAAAGAAUAUUAUGAAAAUUUAGUUCAACAAUACAUUAAAAAUUGUAAAGAACAUCUAACAAGACUAUCUGAUGAAAAAUGUCUUGAUAGAAAUAGAAGAUUAUCAUCAUCAAUACCUACUGAAGUAGUUAUAGGACCAAAAUUUUUACAAACUGAUGCUAUAUUAGGAAAUUUAUUUUAUUGGUUUGGUAUUAAUAAAUUAAAUCGUUUUAUAAAAUGGCAUGAUACUAUCUUAGAUAAAGAUCAAAAUAAUUUUGAUAAAGAUGAAAUUGUUUGUUAUAGAAGAAAUGCUUUUUUACGUAAAAACUGGUAUUAUUCACCAAAUGAAGGUUUUAAAUAUACAUCAACAUCAUUUGAACCACAUUCAAUAGUUAUGUCAUCAAUUAAUCAAAAUUCAUUUACCUCAUUUGCUUAUAAUUGUGGUUAUAAAAUAGCUCAAAAAAAAGUAUUUCUCGAGUAUACAACAACAAAUUAA